ACCUUCUCAUCUUUUGCUUUUUUCCAAUAUUCCUUUUCUCAUCAACUUCCAAUUGUGCUUUCACUUUCCCUUUAGAUCCCUAGAACAAUUAUAUAAACUCACCCUUGAUCCCUUCUAAAUUUUCAAUCACUUGCCUGUUCUGUUUACAUGAACCCAAUCCCUUUUUUGCACAUUUUCAUUUUCAGGUAUUGAUUUUUUUCGUAAUUAGGACUUCGAAUAGACUUGAUUUCUUGAAAUUUGGCUGCUAAUGCUAAUGCUAAUGCUAAUGCUAAUGCUUGUGUGAAGUAGUCUGUUGUUUGCUGUGAGGAAUGAAGAUAGGGUUUUAGUGUAGUUUUUUCACUUUACAGGAUCAUGGACUUGCAAUCUAAUAAUCCUAAUGACCAUGGAAGAAACGAACAAAUAGUCUCUCAGUUUCUGUUGAAAAGUUUGCAUAUUGUGUUGGAUUCUAGGAUUCCUUCCAUUCGGCCUAGUGGUGGUCGUAGAGGCAACUUAUCCUUGGGAAGUCAGGUGAAAAAGAGUGAUAAAUGGUUCAAUCUAGCAUUAGGUGAGCGUCCCACUGCUUUAGACAGUCUCAACUUUUGGCACAGGAAUUUAAUGGAACCCAUGAUAAUUGACAUUAUACUAGUUCAAGAGAUGCCUGCUACUGCUGCUUUGGGCCGAAAUGAAUGUACAACAUCUGGAUAUGGGUUAUUGGUUGAGACACUUGUUGAGAGGUGGGUUGUUCAAUACGAGUCUGCAAGGACAUCUCAUCAACUCACUGAAUCUUCUGUGCCUUAUAAGAAGACAUAUAAGAAGUCUAUUAUUCUCUUACGGUCUCUAUAUACCAUGAUGAGGCUCCUUCCAGCAUACAGGGCUUACCGAAAGCUAUCUAUAUCAACCAAGGCUUGUGAUUUUGAUAUAAAUUACAAGGUGUCUUCUUUUAGUGCCCCGUUUACAAGGACGGAGGAACAAGCAAUGAAACAGUAUAGUUUCUUUCCUGUUGAAGCCCAGAAUGGACGCCUUUCCAUAUCUGUGAAAUAUCGUGAAAGUCUGGCUGAUUUUAACUUAGAAACUUCAACAUCAUUUCCACCUGAGAUCAUUACAGAUUAUGUUGGCAGCCCUGCCACUGAUCCAUUUAGGGCUUUCCCCAUGAUGGAUAAAGGUGUGCAUGCUACAUCUUUUCCUGCCAGAGAAAUGCAAUCACCUACUUCAGCACCACCUCAACGCCCACAUAGCUGGACUAGUGGCCUAAGCAGGGGAGCUCCAUUUACGCAUAAUCAAUCCUUUGGUUCUCCACCUGCACAUCGCUCGUCCACUGGGCGUUAUGAUAUAUCUUCUUCGCCUACAGAUGUUUAUGGUCAAAGGACUCAAAAUUAUAGACCACCAACUCACCAUAGAGGGACCAGCUUCGAUGAUUAUCAACUGUCACCACCAUUCUCUCCAUCUCCUUCACCAUCUCCACCAACAUACAUUUCCGGUGGGAAUUACAUGCAAUCUCGGCUACGCUCAGAGACUGCCCCCGUGAGUAUCCCUAAUCCCAUGAUCAUCAGAAGUCCCAGAUACCUUUCUCCUAAUUUAUCUGACCCUAAUCGACAUUCUCUUCCGCCCCCAUCACCUAGAAGCACACGCUAUGAGUUGUCAUCUCAUGAGUCUCCCUCAGGAAUCAGGUCCCUUAAAAAGUCAGAGAUGUCAAAGGUUGGGGACUUGAGUUCUGGUUCCGGGUCAGCAAAUCAAUAUUCUAGUCACAAGGUAUCAAGGGAUAACAAAGAUGAUUCAGGGAGGUUUUCAGGUUUACUAUCAUCAAGUGGUUCACCUCGUAUUGGAUUCUCUAGAAGCUCCAGUAGAUUGUCUCUCCAGGAUGAGUUAGAUGACAUUGACUUCUCAUGUCCAUUUAUCGUGGAUGAUGUUGAUACUUGUGAGUCCCCUGUCAGUCGGAGUGUUGGUGGGAAACAAGGAAGGGAGUUGUCUUCACAUGCUAAAAAGUCACAAGAUGCUGCAGUGGGGGCACUUGUUCGUAUGCUGAGAACAGCACCACCCCUUCGACAAGAUUCUAGUUGUUAUUCGUUGAGCGAUGGUCUUGAGGGGGAAUUCAACACUGCUUCUGGAUUUUUUAUCGCCCGAAAGACUUCAGAUGCUUUGGAGGAGCUCAAGGCUUACAGAGACAUGAAAGACCUUAUUCUCUCGAAAAGUGGAACUCGGUUGGUUAGCAAACAAGAGCUGUAGUACAUUGAUGCUGUAAAGAGAAUCUAAUAAAUAGAUGGUGGAUAUACGAGAGGGGUAGAUGACGAAUGAAACUGUGGUUCCAUUUAUAUUCUGUUGUAAUGAUUCUGUAAAAUCUGAUGUUUGAUAUUAUUGGGAUUAUUAUUAUUCCAUGAUUGAUGUAACCAGUUUUACUUCAAUUUAACACAACUCAUCCGAUUUCA